AUGAACUUAUUUGAAAAGUUAAAAUAUAUUUUAAGAAGUAUUUUUUCUUCAUCUCAAGUAACGGAAGAAGAAUCAAAAGAUAAAGAAUAUGAAGAGACAAGUGAAAUUAUUGCUUCUUUGAGAAAACACUUUUAAUCUUUAGAACAACACAACAAAGAACCAUUGAGAUUGAUUUUACUUAAAAAACUUAUUGAAUUAAAAAAUAAAAAACAAAAUUACAAAUAGCAAGAAUCGAACCUACAAAGGAUGCAAUUGAUGUUUCCUCAAUAAAAAAUAAAUUAUAAUAAUACAGCCACCUAAAGAUAAAAUCAGCCAAUUUCAACUCCAACAUUUCAUAAUUAGAAUUUUGAUACCUAAAACUAUUUCAUUAAGCAACACAUUCCUUAAUUUAUGAUAGAAUAGAAAAUGCAGCAGUCUUAUGAAACUAAAGAUUAACAAACAUUCUUCCAUUAAAAUUAGUUACAAAUCAACAUACAAUUGGAAUCCAUAAGCUUCUCAUCUUCACAAAGCCAUUUUACUUUUGGGCAAUCAAAUAGUUUUGGAUCUUAAAUGAUAUAAUAAUCAAUAUUGAACACUAAAGAACAAUAAACUAAAUUUGCCUAUAAUAAUAUGGAUUGUAAAAAUUAGACCUGUGGAGAAGCACAAAAAAAUUACAGACCAAAACCAAAGUUGUUUAUUUUUCCAGAAAUUGUAGAGGAUAUCUAUGAGUCAACUAUCCUCACAGAACAUAAAUUUAGCGAAGCAAAAGAGACUUUAUGA